GACUUUCAUCGCAUCAUCGUAUUCUUUGUGUGACAGAAUUAUCAUCACGUUGUGUGUCAGUCGAAGUGAUGUUCAGUUAAAUUUUCGGCACGUUUCAAAUAAAAAUAUCCUGACGAUGAAAGAAUCCGUCAGUAAUAGUUUCGUUUCGAAUUGAUUCAACAUUUCCGUGCCAUGGAAAUCAUAUUUAGGAGCACGUUUGAUUUAUUCCUUCCGUUGAAAAAAGUUUGAAGCAUUUAACCGUACCAUUAUUAUCUAAUAACUUGAGUGUUCAAAAAUGGUCAAAUUUUUUCAACAAACCACUACAUUUAAUUAUAGCUGGGACCAGGUUGCCCAAGGAUUUUGGAGAAGAUAUCCUAAUCCAAACAGCAAACAUGUUUUAACUGAAGAUACAGUUGAAAGGAGAAUAACUCCCGAUGGGCAAUUGGUCACUAAAAGACUGUUGAGUAAAACCAAUUCCAUUCCGAAAUGGGCUGAGAGAUUUGUACAAAAGGCCCUGGUUAACAUUAUUGAAGAAUCGAUUGUCGAUCCAAAGACGAAAACCCUAACAACAUACACAAGAAACUUAGGAUACACCAAAGUUCUGUCUGUGACAGAAAAAGUUGUCUAUAAGGAGAGCAGUGAAAAUCCAGGAAAAACUAUGGUGCUGAGAACUGCCGUCUUCGAUUCCCAAGUGUCUGGAUUCAGCAGAGCUAUCUGUGCAUUUGGAUACGAGAGAUUCAAGAAAAACUGUUCUAAAAUGGUUAGUGGAUUUGAGUAUGUUUUAGCUGGGAUGUUCCCUAACAGUGCACCAGUGAUCACAACAACAACAGUUACAGCGAAACUUAAAGAUGCAGCAAAGAAUGCUUCAGAACUGGCAAAAGCGAAAGCCGCUGCUGCCAAAGUUCCAUUGUAUGUGAAAUUGCACUGAUAAGUUUAAUUAAUAAUAAAAAACAAGGAUGAUUGGUUUAAAUGUAGGAAGAUAAUAGUAUUUUGAAGUAUUUGGAAUUGACAGUUCGAAACCUAACCUGUAAUUUUUUAUACUAUGGCUAAAUCGUUUUGUUAUUUAAUUACAAGCCUAUCUGUGAAUAUUGAAUAAGAUUUUAAAACAGUGUUUAAUCAUUAUAGAAAAGGAUUUUUGCAUUUUUUUUAUUGGGCGGUUCAAAGUUGUGGAUAUAUUUGUGUAGACAGAAUGCUAUCAUAAUUAUUUUCUUUGUUAUAACAUUUUCUUUUUUGGAAAAUUGAUUAUAUGAAGAAAGUAUAUUUGGAUGCUGGCAAAUUUUGAAUUCAAUAAAAAGUUGGUCAAUUGAGAAAUUUCAUAUUUACCUCUCUUUUCUCUAAGUGUCAAAUAAUUUGAAUUCCCGUAUAAAUCAUUCCUCUCUUCCAGUGCAAUUUCGUGGAAUAAUAUUUCCAAGUAUUUGUAAAUAGAUGACAUCGAUUAGCAUAUAAUUUUUAGUAUGUUGUAGAUAUCGUAAGGCUGAUUAUAUUGACGUAGAAAAAUAAAUAAUCAUUUUUA